UGGGUCAUUAUCCGACAGAGGGAGAGAGAGAGACGUGCCUGUAGUCACAGGGUUUAUUUAACACGUAGUCAAAACCGCCCUACUCUCUCACACAUCUAGUCGGGGCGUGGAGCUGCUGUAAACUAUUGCCGUGUCUGGAGCUCAGAGUGACAACAUCGCAUGUGCUUGCAAAGUGCUGCGGUCUGAAGCGGGAAUGUGCAUUGAAAACAAAUCUAGAUUCUUCUUAUUAAUAACUGGAUUAUUUUAGUUUUUGGUUUCUUGACAGCCGACUAAAUUUUUUGCAUUUUGACGUCUGAAAUACAUAGAUAGACGCGCAUUAUCAACAUUAAGGGAUAUUUUGUUUAUUAUUUCUGCCGGAACAUUUUGGGAGAGAUAUGGAGAGGAUUACAAGUGCGCAGCCGCCUCCUUGUUUGCCAAAACACCCGUCGCUAGAGAUAGCAGACAUGCAAGGAAUGGAGUAUCCCAUGUACAUGUACAAACCCAGAAGAGGUUUGAAGCGUGGGGAUAACAGCAAGGAAACAUACAAGUUGCCUCACCGAUUGAUUGAGAAGAAAAGGCGUGACAGAAUCAACGAAUGCAUCGCACAGUUGAAGGACUUGUUGCCAGAACACCUAAAGCUUACAGUGAGUACGCUGGGUCAUUUGGAAAAAGCGGUGGUGCUGGAGCUGACUCUGAAGCACGUGAAAGACCUGAGCAUUGUGCUCGAGCAACAGCAGCAGAAAAUCAUUGCCCUGCAGAACGGUCUGCAAAUUGGCGAGCAGGGAGGCGAUGCGGCAGAGAACGGCGAGGAGAUGUUCCGCUCCGGCUUCCACCUCUGCGCUAAGGAGGUCCUGCAAUACCUGGCCAAUCAGGACAGCAGCCGAGACCUGAGCUCCUCCCACCUCAUCAGCCACAUCCACAAGGUGGCGUCCGACGUCCUGCAACAUCCCGUGAGCCCACGGCAAACCGCCCACUCCUCCUCCUCCUCUUCCUCCUCCGGCUCGGCCCGCCACCAAGCUGCGGAGACACCGGAGAGAGGCACCGGCCGCCAGCCCCCGGCGCGUGUUCCCGAGGGCCACGCCAUGAACUGCGUCCCCGUCAUCCAGAGGACUAACGCCCACGGAGGGCACAGCGAGCAGAGCGGGAGCGACACAGACACGGACAGCGGUUACGGCGGCGAGCACGAGAAGCUGCAGCGGACCGUGUGCCGCGGCGAGGACGGCGGCUCGCUCAAGCCGACGGCCGCGUCCGACAGCAGCGCCAUCAAACAGGAGGACCGCCACCACCACCACCACCACCAUCACCAGGACGGCAAGGACGACGAGGCGCCCGGAGCCAAAAGGUCCAGGUGUGACUCCUCCGAGGACGAGAGCCUCUCCGCUCAGCUCGGGGCCGGGUCCGGCUACAUGAGCUUCGCCCCCAACCAGCCUCCCUUCUGCAUGCCCUUCUACCUCAUCCCGUCCGCCGCGGCCGCCGCUGCCGCCUACCUGCCCAUGCUGGAGAAGUGCUGGUACUCCGGGGGCAUGCCCGUCAUGUACCCACCGGGCAUGACGGUGGGCUCCGCUGGCAGCUUGCAGCCAGAAGCACUCUCCUCAUCCCCCUCUACCUCCUCCUCCUCCUCCCCCUCUUCCUCCUGCUCCUCUCUGGCAAGGUCCCCCAGGGCUGGUUCCCCGGCACAACAGCACCAGACCCCCAACAUGGAGUCCCCCGCUCUCCGGCACGCCCUCAAACAGAUUCCCCACUUAAGCACGGAAACCAAAGACUAAAACUGUUUUGCUUUUUUUUUAUCUUGUUAUAAUUUGUAUUAUUAUUCUGGUUGACAUCCUGCCCACCGAAUGUUGAGAACUUGACCCGCUGGAAAAUAUCAACGAGAGAUAUGGACAAUAAGACACUGGUACCCGUCUACCACCGCAGUUUGCCCCAUCAAAUCUCUCCCUCUCUUUCUCUUGAGGGUCCAGGCCUCUUGUGGUCCCCUUCGUUCAUGGUGCGCUCGCGAUAGACUGAAGGGUAACAAUAAUCAGUUGUUGAAUCGUGAACGCUCUCCUCAUUCUUAUUGUUUACAGAUCACCUGUUGUGUAGCUCUGAAACACUGUGAUGACGACUAGUUCAAAGUUGAAAAAAGUGAAGAAGUCAGGAGAGUUUUUAUUAUUAGAAUCGGUUUUUGUUUUGUUCAGCCUGGUUUCUCUACACUUUGUGAUGAAUGUCAAUAGCCAACCCAUAAUGUGAUGCAGUGAAAAUGCCCACCCACCGUAAAUCAUAUGGGCUUGCGCACAUAACGGGUCUGUAAAGAAUGUUAGAUGUCGAACAAAAAGAAGCCCUCCCCAAGAUAGAUGCUGCUUCGAGGAGUUCAUGAUUAUUACCUGCUGUUGAUAGCUGAGCUGAGCUGUUCUUGUAUUGCUAUUCUCUUGCAUAAACUCUCCCAGGGACAACAACAGGACCAUUCUUAAGGACUAGAAUGUUACCAAGUAAUGUCUGGUACAACGCUAGCCAGAGAUUUUUGUCAUGCAUUUCAUCCAUAAACUACCUUGCGGCUAUAAGGUCAAACAAUGGUUUAUUGUACUCAGCGGGAUGGUAUAUCCACCCACCAGCCACAGUGGUUUGUGUCUGUUGAACGAUGUACACCAUAUGUUUUUUUACAUUAGCAUUAGUUUGACACGUUAUUAUUUGUGCAACUAGAUGGGAGUUCCUUUGAACUAAAGUAUUAUAAUAACUUUUUGUUAAAACUUUUAUUUCAACUUGUACAUCUUUAUUUUUGAUACGUGACCCACUGAGUGUAUUUGCGUUGUAACUAGGGAGAGAGAGGGAGUUCAAGGUUUGUUCGCUGUAUGCCAAGGAAAACACGUUAGUAGCAUUGUGCUAAAGCCGCGGAUCUGCAUCAUGCUAACACAUCUCUAGUCUAUUGCCUUUUGCUUGUUUAAAGCAGACACAAGUCUCAAUGUAUUUACACUAAAUCAAAUGUCUGUGACAAAGAGCGUGAAUGUAUAAUGUUCAAAACAAAAAUAAUAGUUUUGUAAAGAUGAAAGAGGUACUGGAUAUUUUAUUUUAAGAUGUAACACAGGGUGGUUUGUUGUAUAUAUUUUGUCUAUAAAGUAUUGUUGAUAUACAUUAAAAAAUAUUAAUAAAGUUUUUUUCCUCAUGUGGAA